AUGGCUCAAGUACAUAUGGCACACCAGCUCCUGGAACGAGCCCAUCCACCGGAGACCGCAGAGCAGCUUUUCGCGGACAAGGUCAAACAUCGGCCUCUCUUCUUGCGCCCAACGUCUCCUACUCCAUCCGAUAAUCGAUCACGGCGCCGGAUGCAGCGUAUACGGAAGAAGGAAUAUUUUUUACGCAAGCAAAAGCCAAAACCUCUUUCCGCGCGUGAGAAGAGAGACCUAGAAGUCCACAAAUUACCCAAAGAAGAAAUGAAAUAUGAGAUAUUCAAGGGCUUGAAUCAGCUGUGGACUGAGUAUAUGUGGCAAGUCCUAGAUCUGGUUCCGCGGUCAACUUCAGAUUCAACAGGAAAAACGCCAACUCCGGCCAUGGAGAAAAGCAAUCGAAUAAGCGCUGCGAGCCACGGAAGCAAACUGGCAAGUGCUGAUUUCCAUGGCGCAGACAUCCAAGUGCUAACUUGGUUUUACCGCGAUUUAGCUAUUCCAAAGGAACAUACAAUAUUCAGAUUUGAGAUACCUCCCCCCUCUGAUCCUAAUACAGAGGCUCGGACGGGCUUUGAGGCGAAAAAUUUUGUUUUCGAGAUACAUGGGAACCAAUUUGAAAACCGUGCUCCGGAACGAGCCAACAAGAAGUUUAAAUGGAAGAACCUGGACUAUCUGUGA